UGCACACUGGCAGAAGCUUGUGUUUUCGGGCACAGAGAGAUCGUCUGGAUUUAGUGAAAAACGAGUUGAUCAAACGGAUCAAACAGCUGCAGGAUGAACAGCGCAGCGGCGUACCCCCCUCCCUCUGCCCCCCCGGCCAACAUGUUUGGCAACGUGCCCGGCUAUGAAGGCAUCAUGUCAGGAGGAGGUUACCUGCCACCUCCCAUGCCCCUCGAGCCUAUAGCCCCGCCCCAACCAGGCCCCACACCUGACAACUGGAACAUCCCGUCUCUGUCUGAGGACGAGGCCCGUGAGGCAUUCAAGAGCUAUGUGUCAGCUCAAUGCUGCUACCGUAGCGGUCCUGCUGAAGAUGGAGUCAUCACCAACACGGAGCCAUCCAACACAUACAGGUACCGGCUGGAGACGUUCACCGAGUCUAGGUUGACUGAGUGGGCCACCAAACCUCAUGAAGGUGAGCCGGCUGACUUCUACACUGAGACUGCCCCCCGGCCCUGGGAGGUUCAGGCCACGCCUCCCGACCUCUUCAAAAAUCACACACAGGAGAUCCGUGUGCCCUACACCGCCUCCAUCAAGGACUGCCACAGCUGCCAUGCCACAGGGACGAUGCCGUGUAAAGAGUGCGAUGGACAUGGAUAUAAACCAUGCUGGGUGUGUAACGGCAGUGGGACGAAGUCUGACGAGAACUGCAGCCACUGUAAUGGUACAGGCAAAGACAGAUGUAGAGAGUGCGAUUCCCAUGGAACGAGGGAUUGUGAAACCUGUAAAGGAAAACGACAACUGCUGACCUACAUCAAGCUCAAAGUGGAGUGGACUAACAAUAUUGAGGACCAUGUGGUGGAGCAGAACUCUGGUCUGACGGCUGAUCUUAAAUCAGUGACUGGAAAGGAGCUGUUCAAGAACAGCCAGUACCUGCUCUACCCACUAAUCGGGUUCCCAAACCCGGUUAUCGCUGAAGCUUCUCAGCGUCUGGUCACAGAGCACCAAAGCAAGUAUGCCCAGAAUUCCAGGAUCCUGCAGCAGAGGCAGACCGUCGAGUUGAUCCCCAUCACUAAGGUGAACUACAAGUGGAAAGGUGACUCCUACACCUACUUCGUCUACGGCAACGAGCGCCAAGUCAGUGCUGAUGAUUACCCUGCGACUUGCUGCUGUGUCAUCAUGUAAACACGCAGCUCAACUCAGCUGUUACUCUCAUUAUUGUUUCUCUUUUGAAUAAUCAACCCUCCCACCAGGGCAAAUUUUAACCAAUCCCUGCAUCAAUCUUCAAGAUAUUUCCACAAAAAUGGUUCAAUCAAGAGAAUGAUUGCAACCAGUCAACAUAUAUAUCAUUAUAUGUAUAUAAAUAUAUCAAUCUUAUCUGCUUUCAGGAGCUCAGCUAUAACUAGUUAAUCCAUUGGUUCCCAAAUGUUGGAGUCCUACCUGUGUUGUAAAAUAUCCUUUCCACAGCAUAAAUAUAUACUGUAUAUACAUAGACAUUAAUAUCUCCACAGCUCACUUUGGUGAUCAUUUGACUUUUAAGAUGGGGCCAUCAUCAUUUCAAAAUUAUAAUUUGGCCAAUACUUUGGUUUAUACCUUGGCAAAUACCUGCAAAAACACAGACAUUCCUCACAGUCUCAGCUGCAACUUGUGUUUAAUGCUAAUUAGCAAAUGUUAGCGUGUUAAUAUGCAAAAUUACAGACAGUGAACAUGGUCAACAUUAUACCUGGUAAACCUCAACAUGGUAUCAUUGUCAUUGUGAGAAUAUUAGCAUGCUGACUUUAGCAUUUAGCUCAAACCACGACUGUGCCUCAGAACAGCCUCACAGAGCAGUGGGGCCCUACUGUAACUCCACCCAUUUGGGAAUCAGUGCCUCAAACAAGUGCUGUGUGGGUUGCUUUCACCUGAACUCAUCGUUUCAGGCAGAGACCAACACCUAAACCAACCCUCACACUGAAGCAGUCACCUCCUGCUGCGCACUAAGAAAAAGACACCCUGGAGGGACUGGAUGUAUGCGUUUGUCUUUGUGUUCCUAGAAACUACUGCUCAGUUCUGGCUCUCUACCUCCGGUUAAAGUGCUGUGAUGCUCCAUCAGGCGUCCCAAUGAGAGAAAAUAAUGGAAGAAUGCAAGAAUUAAAUUUGAACUAGAUUAAUUUGUAAUUAUUGACAAUUAUUAACUGAACUAGAAUUUUAACUUUAUGGAGAGAGAGGGGGGGGGGGGGGUAAGUUCAACCAACCUACUGUACCCUCCUCUGUGUGCCUGUGUGGACGCUUGACAGUGCAUCAUGUCUUUGACUCUAUGAACACUUACCAAAGGCAGUUUUCUAUCACAACACACUCUUCCUCAACAGUUUAAUGAAACCACAUGCCAGUAUGUGCCAAUUGAUGUCCUCAGUAUUGCAAGGAAACCUCAUAUAACCUCAAGAACAAAAAAGUCCAUCUGACUUCCUUUUGAGGCCUUAACCUUUUAUAAGAAGAUGUGGAGGCCUAUAUCUGCCAGAAAAAGAACAAAGAGCAGAAGGAAAAAACAGGAAAUAUGAGAUUAUUCUCUGACUGAAGUGAAUAUGUGUUUUAUAUAACACUUUACCUGAGAGGAGGGUUAGGGGUUUGAAACUGAAAUAUUGUUUAUAGAAUAAGAACAGACUCUGUUUCACUUGGUUCCUACCUCGGUUCUUCUUCUGUGGCUUAACAUUACAUUAAGGUUGAAACCACUUCAAUAUUUAAACUGUGGAGAACUGGGGUUUGUGACUCCAGACACAAACCAAGCCGAUAUUUUUUUUUUCUUUUUUCUUCAGGAAGCGGCUAUUGGCACGUUUUCCUCCGUGUCAAUAGUCCAUUUACGUUUUGUAUGGAAGUAUUACCCAUGCACAUCAGUAUUGAUCGUGCAAGACUAUGUGAUCGAAUCCAAAUUGUACCAAGAUGGAGGAAUAUUUUUAUUUGUAGGUGAUAUGCAAAUCCUCCCCAUGGUUUGGGUUAGCUUUAGCGACAUUAACCACUUGGUUAGGGUUAGGGAAAAGAUCAUGGUUUGGGUUAAAAUACAGUACAAAAAAAAAUAUAGUAAAAAUGUGCUGUUCAAUGGCAUUAAAAAGCCUAACAUGACAGUCUAAUUGAGAGAUGUGUUUAUAGUAUCAUGUCUCUGUUACGGAGCAGUUUACACCCGUUUAUUUUGGACUCCAUGGCUGGUCAGAGUUCACCAAAGUCAAAAUGUUAAGCAGAAAAACAGAUUACCUAAACCACUGAUCAUGCAAAAUUAGUUCAUUUCUAUAAAUUCACUCAGCAAAAAUGUUGGCAGGCUGAAUGAAACUUAUGAGUGUGAUAUCCUUAAUUUUCUGUUGAAAGACAAACCCAUUAUGUUCUGUGAGAAACAAAAAGUGUGACAUGAUGUUUGUCACAUUCAGUUGUAAUGGUAGAAAACAAAACUUGCCAAAGUGUUAAAACAGUGUUCCUUAAUGUUUAAUCUUGCUGAUUUUUUUUUUAAUUACAUCAUCGCUUAAACAUAUCAACACCAUCAAUUUUUGUAUUAUUGCCAAACUAAACUUUCAUAUUUCCUGUUUUGUAUGAAGUCCAUUUAAGCCUGUCUGCUUGCUUCUUCCUCACCAUGGCUCUCAGCCUACUAGCUGGUAGAAAGAAAGAAAGAAAGAAAGAAAGAAAG